AUGAGAAACAGCAGCCUCUUGACAAAAUGUAAAAAAAGGCUAUAAAUCCAUUAGAAACUUCAUUUUACUCUUUGCAAUUUUUUUUAUCAAUAAAUAGGAAUUUGUAGAUUUCAAUGAGCAAUACAAUUUAACUUAUUAUGAGAAAUACUCCUUAAUGUAAUGUUAUUUUAGGUGACAAUUGUUUCAGAGGAUAAUCGUCCUGA